GAGGCCCGCAACGACACCGAAGAGCUCCUGGGAGUCGAAGCCCUGAUUCUGGAUGAUUUUUAUAGCCAUUUGACGAUAUUUCAGAAUAUGAUUUCCCUAGGAUUAUGCCUUGACAUGUUCCUUUGUCGAUGAGCGCGUCGGUGACUUGAACAUCCCUGCUGCUGAAACAAUUCUGUAUCAUCACAUGCCUGUGGUGCGCACUGGAUAUCUGGGAACCUUGAUGUUUUGUUUCGCUUUUAAAUCGGAACUUCCCAACUUGAAGCGUUCUACGUCAGACCACAUGCCACAUUUAAGUAAACUCUCUAGCCUAUAUUUCGAUCGGAGGGGAUUUAAUCAAGGUGGAUUUAAAGGCUGAAUGAACCUCAUUACUUUGAUAGUGGACCGAACCUUGCGGGGCACCUUGUAUUAUUUUUGAUAAGGUGACGCAAGAACUUCAAAGGACAGAAGCACCCUGCCUUUUAAGUCACCUCAGGAGGCAGACAGUAGGCUGUGCAACAUGGUGCAUUGUGCUGGGUGCGAGAGGCCUAUCCUGGACAGAUUUCUGCUCAAUGUGCUGGACAGAGCGUGGCACGCCAAAUGCGUACAGUGUUGUGAAUGUAAAUGCAAUUUAACGGAAAAAUGUUUCUCCAGAGAAGGGAGACUAUACUGCAAGAAUGAUUUCUUUAGGAGAUAUGGAACCAAAUGCGGAGGUUGUGCACAAGGAAUCUUGCCGAACGAUUUAGUACGCAAAGCAAGGAACAAAGUUUUUCACUUGAACUGUUUCACCUGCAUUAUUUGCAACAAACAACUGUCAACGGGCGAGGAAUUGUACAUCUUAGACGAUUAUAAAUUCAUGUGUAAAGAGGACUACCUGAGCAGUAGCAUUGGGAAAGAAACCACCCUUCUUUCAGUAACGACGUGCAGUGACCCAAGUCUGUCGCCAGACUCACAAGAUCCACAGGACGACGGAAAAGACUCCGAAAUUGGACAUUUGUCAGACAAGGAGACCUGCAACAAUGAGAACGAGGAACUGAAUACGGGUACAAAACGGCGAGGGCCACGGACAACCAUCAAAGCAAAACAGCUGGAGACUCUGAAAGCUGCGUUUGCAGCCACACCAAAACCCACCAGGCACAUUCGAGAGCAGCUUGCCCAGGAGACGGGGCUCAACAUGAGAGUGAUUCAGGUUUGGUUCCAGAACAGAAGAUCAAAAGAGCGACGAAUGAAGCAGCUGAGUGCUCUGAGUACCAGGAGACAUCUUUUCUUCCGCAGUCCAAGAAGAAUGCGGACGUUGAUGGACCGGUUGGAGCCAGGUGAACUCAUGCCGAACGCACAUUUCUCCUACGGAGAUUACCAAGGUGAGUACUACGGCCCCGGGGCCAAUUACGACUACUUCCCUCAGGGCCCCCCCUCGUCCCAGGCUCAGACCCCCGGGGACCUGGGCUACGCACCUUCCUCAGGGCCCGCGGGCACGCCUCUGGGGAGCAUGGAGCACCACCACCACCCUGGGCAACACCACCCGGCCUCGGGUGCCGGCGACGUGCCCUGCUACACAGACAUCAUCUCGCAGCAGCACGCCAGGGACUCGCCCAGCCCCGAGCCCAGUGGGCCGGGAUCCAUGCAGAGCAUCUCCAGCGAGAUGUGUGGCCCCGGCACGCCCUUCACAUCCCUCUCCCUCAACGGCAGUGCAUACAGCAACCAGCUCUCGCACACGUCCUCAGAGCUGAGCGAAGGCACGGUCUGGUAGCUGUGGACACGCUUCUAACCGACAGAGGAGAUGGGGGAUGAGGGGGAGGAGGACGAUAAAGGAUAUGGCACUCUAAACACUGGCUCCCAAACACAGGAGCCUGGACUCUCCUUUUUUAUAUAUUAUUGUUCUGUUGUUAUUUAAAUAUUCAAAAAUUAUUUAUGUGAUUAUUUAUUAUUUAUUUCAUUAAUAAUUAAUUAUUUGUAUUUAUUAUUAUUCAUUAUUAUUAUUAGAGCAAAUAUUACAAGCUGGCCAUUUUAUCCACCAUCUUGAUUGUUGUAAUUUAUAUGAUGUUGUUUCUGUAAUAAAGACUUAAUUGUUGCAGCUCACAACAAAUGGAACUAUACUGUAGUCCUUUGCUGGUUAAUGGUCUAUGGACUUGGCGUCUUACAAAGGCAUUGUGAUGGGAACUGUGGUGGUUAACACGAAAGGCUGGUUAUAAGGCUGGCAUGGCAGCUUAUAGGUCUUACUCAUGACA